AUGAGAAGACCAUAAAGUGCAUAAGUUACCAAAAUACUUAUCAAUAGACCCAAAGAUGAAAUAAUUGAAACUAGACAACAACUUAAUUAAAUUACUGAAGAACAUAGGAAAAUUAAAACUCAAAAUAUGCAACUCAAAGUAUAACCUAAAUAAAUACUUAGAGAUAACUUAUGAAAUAUGAACAUAUAGAUGAGAAUCUUAUAAACUCUUAAUAAUUAUUAGGACGAACUUCUGAAUAACCUAGUAUAGUCCCUACACUUAAAUAUAAAAUUAGACUCUAAUAAAAUGAAAUUGAAAUUUUAAGAUAAUAAUUAUCAGCAUAAUAAAAAUAAAUGAAAAUCACCUCAAUCCAAGAAUUAUAGUUUUAAAUUCAAUAAUAUUAAGAAGAAACUGUUAAACUUAAAUAAAUGCUUGAUGAGGCAUUAAAUCUUAAAAAUGAAACCUAAAAAUCUUAAUAUAUUGGUUAUUUAUCGAAAAUUCAAGAAUUAAAAUUAGAAAUCAAAUAAUAUAUUUAACUUUGUGAAAACUAACAAAGAGAUAUUAAAUAAUUAUAAUAAUAAAUCAAAUUUUAAUCAGAUCAAUUAUAAUAAUUAAAUAUUGAAAAAAAAAAAUUUGAAAACCUAUUCAAAGAAACUUAAAUAUAAAAACCUUAACAAUUAGAAAACUCUUAAACUUUCACUAAAUAAGUUGUAAUCAAAGACCCAAAAAGAAAAGAAGAUACUCCUGAAUAUUCUAUAAAUGAAAAUACAUUAUUACCUUAAUUAUUAGAAAAAGAUAGAAAAAUUCAUGAUCUUGAAGAAAACUUAACAAGUCUUAAUAAAACUCAUAAUGCAAAAAUCAAUCAAUAACUUUAAUUCAUUGAAUAAUAGAAUGCUUAAUUAGGAAUGAAAUAGAACAUAAUUUAAAAUUUAGAAUAAGAAAUCAAUAAAUUAGAACUCUAAAUUAAAGAUAUCAAACUUAAAACUUAGUAAAUGAUGUAAAAUAAAGUUUGUGAAGAAAAAGGUACAUAAAUCUAACAUAAAUCUAAAUGUACAAUUUAAGAGAUUAAAUCUAUCUUAAGAUUUAGAUUAAAGAGAUCAAUGAUAGAAUAAAAAGAAAUUUCAAAUUUACUAUUAAAAAAAGGAGAUUAAAGAUUCUUUUCCAUCUAAUCACAAUUUUAAAAGUAACUUUAUUUUUUAAAAUAGAUUUCCUUUUAACUUGAACAUUGAACAAUCAUAUCUUAUUACAAUGUUUUUAUUAACAGAAGAAUCAGCAUUUGGUUAAAAUGUUUUGGAAAAAGAUUUACCAUAAUAAGUUCUCAAAUCAAGAAUAUUCCAUUUAUUACCUUCAUAUGAAUUACUUACUAUAGAAGAAGAAGGAUAAUUAUUUCAAUGCAUAUCUAGAAAAAUCCUUAAUAAGAUAAAUUAAUUAUAAGAUUCUGUUAAAUAAAUUAAAAGAACUGAAAAGUAAUUUUUAAUUAUUAUAUAAUUAGAUCAAAUAUUAAAGAUGGAUUUUGCCUUCCAAAAUAAUUGUUAGAAGCAUUUACUUUUAUUUUAGAUAAUUCUCUUUCAGAAAAAGAAGCUGAAUACUUAUUUUAAUUAAAUUUUGAAAUUUCUAAAUCUCCUAUACUUAUAAAUAUAUCCAGAUUAGUUUCUUUAUUUUAAAUGAAACCAAAAUCAGGAAUUAGCAAAAUUUGUAAGAUUUUACAAUAUAUUUAAUAGAGAAAGAAUUAACAUUAUAUCAAUCUACAUUGUUAUUUUCAUACAAUAAAGAAGCAAUCGUUAAACCAAAAAGUAAAAAAUUAUUUUUAUAUUAGGACCAUCUAUAUUAUUAAAUUAGAAUAUUUCUCCAAAAUAAAAUAUGGCAGGAUAAUAAAAGAUAUUAAAAUUAAAUUAAGCCUUUUCAGUAAUUGAAAUUAUUCCAAUUAUUAAAAAAAAACCAAUAUUUUCAAUAUCAAAUAGUAUAUCAAUACAACUUGGAAAAUAAAAAUAAUAAAAACUUUUUAAACCUAAUUCUACUUAAACAGAUGAAAUUGAAUUAGGUCUUGAUAAAAAACUGAAAAGUCUUGGAAUUAAUUAGAUUAUUUAAUUAAGCUGGGUUCAUUUAGUAAAAAAAACUGAUAUUUCAGUAUCUUGUAUAAAAGAUGAAAUGACCAUUAUAAAACAAAUAGAAUUUUCUAAAAAUUUUAGAAAAGAAAAAGUUGAAAAAGAAAUUUAAUGUGAUUUGCAACAAAUAAAUUAAAUAUCUGUUUUUAAAGAGGAAAAAGUAGAAUAAACUUAAUUUUUUACAUAAGUUGAUAAUGAGAAAAGAUUAGAGGAAGUAAUAGAAGAAAACAAAUAAUUGAAUAAGGAAGAAUUUAUAGAUAAAAAGGAGGAUAAAGAAAUAUAACAUGAAUAAAAAUUUUAAUAAGAAUAAAAUUAAAAAAUUGAAGAAUAAUUAGAUAAUUUUGAAUAAAAAAAAUAACAAGAGCCGAUAUAUGAAUUAUAAUAAAAUUAGGAAUAAUAAUAGGAUUAGAUUGAUUUAAACGAAAAUUAGGAAAUUGAAAAAAUUGUAACCCUUUAUUUAGAAACAGUUAUAGAAAGAUUUAUAAUACAUGAAGAAGAAGUAAAAAAAGGAUAAAAUUGAUUUUGAAUAUUCGUC